AUGGUGUCUAUUAUAAAUUCAAUCGAUACGGGCCAUGAGGAUAUGAUUCACGAUGCCGAAGUUGACUACUACGGCUUAAGGUUGGCCACUUGUUCUUCAGACAACAGCGUGAAAGUAUUCGAUAUCAAGAGCGGAGUCCAGACGUUGAUAGAUGACCUGAAAGGGCACUUCGGGCCUGUGUGGCAGAUUGCUUGGAGUCAUCCGAAGUUUGGUAACCUACUUGCAUCCUGUUCGUAUGAUAGAAAAGUCAUAAUAUGGAAAGAACACCAAAGGAAAUGGGCCAAGUAUUACGAAUAUGCCAACCAUGAUUCCAGCGUAAAUUCAGUGCAGUUUGCGCCUCCAGAGUUCGGUUUAAUUCUGGCAUGUGGUAGCAGUGACAGCUCUAUAUCCAUACUAAGUUACAACCAAGGUACAAACUCCUGGGAUGCUAAAAAGAUUCAGAAUGCCCAUGCGAUUGGUUGCAAUGCAGUUAGUUGGGCACCUGCAAUAACACCUUUGUUUGGAAAUGGUGAAGGUGAUCAAAAACCACAGCUAAUUAAACGACUAGUGUCUGGUGGGUGUGACAACUUGGUGAAGAUCUGGCGCGAAGAUGGUGAUAGAUGGGUUGAGGAAUCAAAGUUAGAGCUACAUUCAGACUGGGUGAGAGAUGUUGCUUGGGCACCUUCGGUAGGACUGCAUCGUUACACGAUUGCCAGCUGCUCUCAAGACAGAAGAGUGGUCAUCUGGACAAGUGAUGAUUGUCUAAACUGGCACUCUACCAUAUUGCAUACAUUUGACGAUGUUGUUUGGAAUGUUAGCUGGUCACUGAAUGGAAACAUUUUGGCUGUUUCGGGAGGAGAUAACAAAAUAACCUUAUGGGAUCAAAAUUCAGAAGGCGUAUGGCAAUGUAUAAGUGAUGUUGCUAAAGGCCAAGGACAGAUUAAUAACUGA